CCUCCCUCCGUCUCCGCACCCGUCGCCGGCGUGGGGAGUGACAGAGACGAGCCGAGGCGCCGCCACCACGCUCCUCCUCCUCCCACGGUGGCCGCCGGUCGCCUCCCUCCUGUGCUCACUGACCUCGACCUAAUCAGCGCGGGGGUGACGUGACGAGGCUGUGCUACACUGCGGUGGAGAAGGCCGCGUCGUCCUCGUGGAAGGAAGGGUUGCGGCGGCGGAGGCAGUUGCGCUACCGCCGGCGUGCCGUGGGGAGAAUGGCGCAGAUCGAUACACUGUGGUGGGCUCAUCAUAUACAGCGGCGUCUCGCAGGUGGGCUGAAAGAUACCCGGCCCAGAAGGCCCACUCGAAUUAUCGGCCCAGCUUGUAGAUAGCUCGGACCGGAAGCGGAAAGGAGUCCGUCUCCCCCCCUCUCUCUCUCUUCUCCAACGCAACGGUCGAAACACGGCGGCCGCCGAGAUCCACGCCGCCUCCACCGGAGAGAGCCGGGGCCGCGCGCCUACCCUAGAGAGGGGUGGGUGUGUUGGGUCCGCAGGAGAGCGGAGUGCGCAUCUGCUUGUACGACGACGCAGCCAUCCCGCGCUCCUCUGCUCCCGCUUCGACGCCGACAAGGCCGCCCACCUCUUCCCGCAGCCAAUAAAGGAAGCGGAUUGAUCAAGUUGUCCACUGCCUGGAGGAGAAGCAGAUUGAUCAAGUUGUCCUCUACCUGGACUGCUGGAGGAGAGACUGAGAGAUCUUGAUGAAGAGAAGGAAGAACUAAGAAGUACCAGCAGCUGGGCAAACAGAGAAGAUCACUUGAGUAUACUAUAUUGGACCAUGAACUAAAUGAUGCUAGGAAUUAGCUUUGCCAGAUGACCCCGCAAGUAUCUUUUUGAUCAUCUUCCACACUGAUGGCAGAACCUUGUAGUGCUUGGUGCUCACUCAUCAAGACAAAAUGCUUGGUGUAGAAAACUAGAAUUUUUUUCUGAAAGCUUAAUGUCCUGUUCUGCAACUGUUUUUUAUGCUAUUAAGCAUACUGCUUAGGGGGAUUCAGUUGGUUAAUUUAUAUUCAAGAAUGGAAUACUGCUUUCUCAGCUGGAGCCAUUAUCCAUUAAACACUGCCUGGUAUUGAAGAAUGGAAUCAGAUUACUCUAACUGAGAUUCUCCUGUGGUGUGUGAUAGCAAAACAUGGAUUCUCAAGGAUUCUGCAAUGUUUGCUUCAAAUUUGUCUUUGGAGAUCGAGGGUAAUAGCGAUUCAGUUCAUGUCAAUAAAUAUCUAUCAUCCAAGCUGAAACUAUUGUCAAUGGAAGUUGUGGUACUAUGCCAAACAUCAUCUUCUUGCGGCAUUACAUUGAAGAAUAUUCGGGAUGCUUUGAUAGAGACGAUGAGAAAUUCAGCUCUCCAUCUGUCACGACCAGCACCAGUGGUGAUGCCACUAUUCUUUUGAAAUGCACAUUACCUCUUCUGCGGGACCAAAAUAGUGGAGUGAUACUUAGGCAGCAAGUUUUCAUUGGAUAGUGGCUCCAGCUGAGGAAGUGAAGAGAAUCGUUGGCCGAAUUUAUUUACUCCACACUCAUCCCCUGAUGCAUAUGCGCUUUGUGUUAGAUGAAGCUAAAAUGCCAAGCAUUGGUUUUUGUUCUUUUAUGUCUGGGAAUCAAAUAUUAAGAUGCUUGCCACAAUAUACUAGUUUUUGCCGAGACUGCCCCAUUAGUGUUUGCUCCAUGUUAUGAAGAUUUCUUCAUAUGCGCUUCAGACGCGUAUCAGACUAGGGCUUUGAAUCUUGAAAUACUCACCACCAUUGAUUGCCCCAGAGUCAUCUAUUCCAACCAUUUUUGAAGAAUUUCAGGUAUUUUGCACCUGCAACGUAUUCUAUAUAAGUUGAGCUAUCAGGAUGACUUGCGAUGUUAUAUAUUGGUUCUCGCGUAAAAGUCUUUGGUACAAAUUCCCUUGAGGUAACAAAAUCAUCAUGCAUUCUAGCAUUCUCUGGUUCAUGCAUUGUACAUACACCUGUAUAAUUUUUCCUGGAUGCUAUAAGCAGUUUUUUUGUACCUAAGUGUUUUACUCGUGGAAAUUAUUGCAGAGACAGCUCUUAUUUUUUUUCCGGGUAGCACAAAUAUCUCUUAGAAUCAAAUGGCAGCUGAAAAGUCAAGCUUAGCAGAGUGAAAAAUUGAUGUCCACUCUCUAUGUGAACAAGGAUUUCUAGUUAAUAGUUUUCCUGGUAGUACUUUGUAAUUGUUCCCAGCAUUACAUUAAAGAUCUAAAUAGAAGAUUCAUGGCAGAUGUAGUUGCUGCAAUUGUGUUGUGUGCCCUGAAGCUCCGUCCAUCACCUCAACUUGCCUUUGAGGGGCUAUUGGCAUUUGUAUUGUACAGUAAUAAUUGUUCUGUUUGCAUAUGUUUUGGUUGAUCAUCCUUGAAUAAUAAUGUUUGAUUUUCACCGUGUUACAGAAUUAUCUAUCACUACCAGUUCACCUGAAUGAAGAAGAUGUUUUAGUUCAGGCCUUCCUGUCAAUCAAAGCAAUAGUGAAAACAGAAGUAGCAUCUCAUGGUUAACGUAUAUAAACUUUAAUCCUGUAGCACCACAGAUUCUCAGCUCAUGAGCUUAUCUUUACCUGCAGCAUACCAACUCUUGUUCCUGUCCAAGAGAUGCAUAUAUAAUCACUGGCUCCACAACAGACAGCUAAGAUGCUUCUUCAGGUUGGGUCCUGCCAAGUACCUUUAAUUUCUCAGCUGUUGAUCGAACAUGGUUAUUGAUGAGGAGAGCAACACUAUCUACAUGUCCACAGAGGCAUGAGACGACUAUUUUGAUUUAGGAACUAGCAGUGAUGGUCCUUAGGAAAAAAUCUCUGGACAAAAGAACCUUGAUCACAAAUACAGGAGUUUUUUCUAACCGCUUUAGUGCUGGGGAGGCUGCAGCUAUGUGGUUAAUGCUAGCCGCAUGCCAUUACGCUAAAGAUAGUCUGAUAAGUGCCAUGUUACUUUACGCUGAAGACAGUCUGAUAAGCAAUGUGGUUUCUGAGAAAGCUCUUGAAGCAUUUGAGAUCCCAGGGCUUGUUCGAAAGCCUGGCACUAUUGCUUUGUCUAAUACCUAGAACUCAGGCUAGAGGCUUUAGUAGUAUGGUACAAAUUUUCAGGAAGCAGAAACUUUGCUUUCUGGUGCAUAUAUAUAUGGAGGCCUUUGCCCUCAUCGAGCCUCACUUGUGUAUCCUUCCUGUGUUGGAACUUGCAAUUAUGGUGGUUUGGGGACUGAUAGAUAUGUUCCAAUGAUCACGAGGAGGGGAUGGUGUGGUUGUUUGCAGGCUUUCUUAAGUAAGGUUCAUUCAUUCGAAACAUUUUUAGGUCCAGAAAAACAAGAGAAGAAGACUUUACAGGUGUGUUGCUGGCCUGGGAGAUUCUGGUUCCAUACUGUACAGAACAGGGCCUAACAUUGUUAUCCGCAACAAUUAACGAGUUUCUACCACAUUAGAGAUACGGGAGCUGCGGAUCAAUCUGCAUUGAAUAAUAAGCCACGAUCACUCUAUACGGAAGCUGCUAUGGAGGGAGCGGAUAUUUCGUUUCGUCUGCUCAAUACUGUCCCAACAUGCCUACCAGCAGACUCCAUCAGAUCCUCUCCCUUUCCCUGCAGCAAAUCUGACAUGGGCGUAUCAACUGCCAACUGCCAACUGUCUACUGUCUACUCCUUUCAGGCAGUUGCAGUAGUGAAUCAAAAACCAAAACAGGCCCGGCCGGAUGCCUCGACAGGAGAGGAAUUAAUGAGACACGAGCUGCUCACUUAAAUGAUGAGAUCCAGACACCUCAUAGCACAAAGAAAAACAUAAAUCAAUGGACCCGUCACAUACUGGCGUGCUGCUCGAUCCAUGCGCAGGCAGGCCCAUGGAGACUCCUCUGCAUCUAAUACAAAUCUGAGGCUUGUGUUUUCAGCGUGCACCUUGGUCAGGCAGGCCCAUGGAGAUCCGGACCAAGGACGACGCAUGGCGCCUGCUGCUGGUGCUCUUCCUUGGCCAGCUCAUGGCCUUCUCCAUGGCGGCCUGCAGCUUCGCCUCCUCUUUCAUCGCCAAUCUCGGAGUUGACGCACCACUCGCGCAAUCAUUCUGCACACAUCUCCUGUUGACCUUAGUUUAUGUGCCGAUCCUCUUGCGUCGACGACAGAAGCUGCGGAUACCUUGGUAUUGGUACUUAGUGCUGGCCUUCGUCGAUGUCCAGGGGAACUAUCUGGUUACCGAGGCGUACCAGUACUCAUCCAUCACCAGCGUAACAUUGUUGGAUUGUUGGACUGUUGUAUGGGCCAUCAUACUCACCUGGUACGCACUAGGCACGAGAUAUUCUUUCUGGCAAUUUCUGGGGGCAGGGACCUGUGUGGCUGGGCUAGCUCUUGUGCUCCUUUCAGAUGCAAAAACUCCAGAUACACAGGAUCCAAAUAAAACACCACUUCUAGGGGAUGCCCUUGUUAUUGCCGGGACAGUUUGUUAUGCAUUUAGCAAUGUCGGGGAGGAGCACUGUGUCAAGAAGAACGACAGAGUAGAAGUUGUCGCAAUGCUUGGACUAUUUGGAGUGCUUGUCAGUACAAUUCAGAUAUUUAUGUUUGAAAGGAAGAGCGUAGAAGCAAUUGCCUGGUCUCCAACAAUGAUAAGUUUGUUUGCAGGAUAUGCCGUUGCAGGAUUUAUGUUCUACACCAUUGCUCCUUUUGUCCUUCAGAUGAGUGGAGCAACAUUGCUUAACCUCUCGCUCUUAACAUCUGACAUGUGGGCAGUCGCCAUUCGAGUAUUUUUCUAUCAACAACAGAUAAACUGGUUGUACUAUCUAGCAUUCGCAGUUGUGGCCAUCGGAUUGAUCAUCUACUCACUGAAUGAGAAUUCUUCGGCUGAUGCAACAGCUACAAGUAUAGAAGCAGCCGCUCACUAUCAACUACUUCCAAGUGAGGAGAGCUCAAUAGGAAGUGGUUCCAAUUUGGACAGAAAAGAAAGGAAGCAACCAGAAGCUCACAUCUGUUAAGGCCGCCAAUGUACAAAGUCAUCUCCAGGUUGCAACAGCGAAUUUCUGAUUGAGCCUGGGCUGCCACAUCCUUGCAAGUAAGGACAGCUGCUCCGGAGAAGCAACAUAGGUAUCAUGUGAUACGCUACCUGCAGGUUCAUAAAAAAGUGUCUCUGUCUCAGUCAGCCGAGAAUUAACUAAUUCUCAGUUGAUUUUACAAAUCUGUGCAUACAAAUCUAAUACAAUGUUUACCAUUAAAUAAUAAUUUGUUCAUCUAGUGUGAAAAGUUGCAGUGUUUUUCUCAUAGUUCAGAGAUAUAUGAACAUCUCUCAAUGUGAAA